AUGGAUACAACUGAGUAUGUACUUUCACAUCAAAUCAUUCCGUAUUGUCUUCGAUCAUCUGAAGGAUAUAUUCCAGAUCUGAAUUUGGAUUAUAUUAAUAACGAUGAUCCCGCUUUAACUUUUCUGCAAUUAAAAGAGCAAAAUAUAACGAGUGAACAACUACUUUCUUGGUCAAUUUCGAUUGAUUUAGCUGAGCGUUACGAAAUGUUUCUAAGUAGCAUUUCUAAUUCAUCAAUCGAUCGAGAAAUGUUAUUCUAUAAUUGUACAUUCCCAUCAUUUGGACCUCUUUGUCGUUUCAUCAUCGAAAGAGAUGACAAAGCAUCUUUUGAUGACAUUGUUGAAUUGCACUUUGGAAGCAAAUCUGAAACGAGAGAAUCAAGUAACACAACAUGUUAUGUGCAUCUCAAAUGUGAAACAUCAUCGAUAUGUUUGGACUGGCGUGAGAUUUGUGAUAGAAAAAUUCAUUGUAUCGAUGGAUCGGACGAAAUUGAUUGUUGGCAACUUGAAUUAAAUGAAUGUACAGUAGACGAAUAUCGUUGCCAUAAUGGACAAUGUAUUCCAAAAGAAUUUUUUCAUGAUGUUAUAAUCAAUCCCGAUUGUUUAGAUCAAAGCGACGAAGGUUUUCUCGAUCGAACCUCGGAUUGCUUUGUGAACCCGUUGUUUCGUUGUGAAGAACAUACAUGUCAACCAGGAAGAGAAGAUUUUCCAUGUGGUGAUGGACAAUGUACAGUUGGGAUAUAUGGACAACGCGGAUGUAAGAAUGGUCGCGAUAGGUUUUCCGCCACGGAUCGUUGUUCACUUGCCACAGCGUGUCUUAUGCGCAUUUACACUGACUUUGUUGACAAAUGGUGCGAUGAAUUUUGUCCAAAUAAUGAUUGUGUUACGAAAGAUUGUCCGGCAUUGUAUGAAUUUUCCUAUGGUCCUAUUUUGGCUGAAUACGCACGAUUCUUGUUCGUGAAUAAAGACUGGCAAAUUGGACCGUAUAAUAUUCUCCUACCGCAUUACAUUUGUUACAAUGAGAUGCGUUUACCAAAUUUUCGUCCAGCUAAAGAAUAUUUGAACAAUACGAAUUGUCGCCGUUUAGAUGUUAAAGAAGUCGAUGAAUACUGGCACAAUUCACCGAUGACUUUCCCAGAAAGUCUUCGACAUUUAUUUCGUGCAUACUUCGUUGGAUUGAAUGAAACACAUCAUUGCAAUCAUUUGACAAUGUAUAAAUGUAAAAACUCGAUCAAAUGCAUUUCAGUACAUCGUCUGCGUGAUGGAAUUCAAGAUUGUCCUUUGAAUGAUGAUGAGACAUUCAAUCAGAGUUGCUCGCUUGUCGAUGCUCAUCGUCGCUUUCCUUGUUUAGUUAAUGGUAGUAAAGUUUGUUUUGCACCAUUUGUAAUUGAUAAUACAUUCUCUGAUUGUACUGGAGGAGAAGAUGAAUUUAACGAGAAUGAAGAGUUGUUACAAAAGCAGAUCUAUUUUCAAAAAAUUUGCGAUGGAAUUGAAGAAUUAAUACCCAUUCUAAUCGAUGACAAUUAUGAAACCGAUGAAACAAAUUGUCAUAGUUGGUUAUGUAACAAUACAUAUACAAGAUGUGAUCGGUUUUGGUCAUGUAAAAAUGGAGCUGAUGAAGUAAAUUGUCCACCUUCGACUUGUCCUAUUUUCCAACAUCGAUGUGUCUUUCCUAAUGAUACAUCAAAAAUAUCCUGUUUACCAAUCUCUCAAGCAGAUGAUGGAACAAUUGACUGUCUUGGUGCGUCAGAUGAACCAAGUCAUUGUCGAUCAGUUGAUUCAGUUCCCUCGAGAUUUCGUUUCAGUUGUUCAAAUUAUUCAGAUUGUCUGGUAGAAACGGAUCUUUGUAACAAUUACACCGAUUGUCCGUUCCAUGAUGACGAAUCUCAUCGAUCCGUUCGAGUCAUUGGAAAAUCGACUCAUCUUCUUUCAAUUAAAAAUAUACCAACUUAUCUUGUAGAAAUAACUACAGAUUUUGAGCUCUUCGAAUUGCCAAGUCCAAUAGAAAUACCAUCGAUUCGAAGGACACCGACAAUCAAAACAAAAGUUAAUCAAGACUGGUAUUGUAAUCGUGGAAUUCCUUUACAAAUCCGGAUGACAAAUGAAACAAACGAAUUACAUUGUCUUUGUCCACCGAGUUAUUACGGAAGUCAAUGUCAAUAUCAAAAUCAACGAGUUAGCCUGACAAUUCAAAUACGCGCAACAUCCGACUGGAAUCAUUUAUUCACAUUUCUAAUUCUCUUAAUCGAUAAUGAAGGAAAUAUUGAAUCACACGAUUUUAUUGAAUAUUUACCNGGAAUUCCUUUACAAAUCCGGAUGACAAAUGAAACAAACGAAUUACAUUGUCUUUGUCCACCGAGUUAUUACGGAAGUCAAUGUCAAUAUCAAAAUCAACGAGUUAGCCUGACAAUUCAAAUACGCGCAACAUCCGACUGGAAUCAUUUAUUCACAUUUCUAAUUCUCUUAAUCGAUAACGAAGGAAAUAUUGAAUCACACGAUUUUAUUGAAUAUUUACCUGUUCGAGAUUGUGAUACUAAAUUUAAUCUCUAUUUACUUUAUUCAACUCGACCAAAAAAUCCUUCAAAAACUUAUUCCAUACGAAUUGACGCAUUUCUCAAAGUCAAUUUGAGAUACCGAGCGAGUUGGAUCUUCCUACUUCAAUUCUCCCUUCUCCCAGUUCAUCGAUUUUCCACUAUUCUCAUCAUUCCUCAUUUAGAUACUCAACCAGUUAACAAAUGUAUACCAUCAUGUCUUCACGGACAAUGUUUUCCCUACGUUAACAAUCAAACUUCAACAUUUUGUCGAUGUGAAACAGAUUGGUCUGGACUUCAAUGUACGAUCGAAAAGAAAUGUAUAUGUACAUUUAAUUCUAUAUGUGUUGAUGGUUCUAUUUGUGUUUGUCCUCUUCAUCGAUUCGGUCCUCGAUGUUAUUUAAAGCAAUUCUCAUGUCAUACCGAAUCGUGUGUUAAUAAUGGUCAAUGUAUCCCGAUCGAUGAACGUUAUAAACUUUUGGAUUUGAAACGAUCAACAUGUGUGUGUCCUUUGGGAUAUUCAGGUAAUCAAUGUGAAUAUCAAUUGAAUCAAACUCGAAUUGAGAUUUGGUUUGAUGAUAAUAUUCCUAUUCCAUCAUCUUUACUGAUUCAUUUUAUUCGUGUUCAAAACGAUGCAGCACCGAUAUCAACAAGUAUGAUGAAAACAAUUGCUUUUUAUCAAUUCACUCUCUCAUUUUCGAUCACAAAUCCAUUUAAUAUCGCAUUUGCGAAAAUAUUCAAUGAUUAUUAUUUGAUUCUUCUCCGAGAACAAAUUAUUAUUUCAGCGAACAUCUCCACGAAAGUUUCACCUUCUCAUCGUUGUUCUUCAAUUCACGAAUUGUUCAAUGAAACUCUUGCGAAUCAACAUCUUUUAAAACGCAUGAAAUAUUAUCAUUUACCAUGUCAAAAACAACAAGAACUCAUUUGCUUUUAUGACGAAAUUCAUUUUUGUUUGUGUGAUCUUGAUCGACGGGCGAAUUGUUUCGAAUUUAAUCAUAAUAUAACAUAUAAUUGUCAUGGAUAUAAUUUAUGUGAAAAUGGAGGUCAAUGCUUUCAAGAUGAUAAGAUCUGUCCAACAAGAGCGAUUUGUGGAUGUUCAGAAUGUUACUAUGGAUCGAAAUGUCAAUUUUCAACGAUUGGAUCAACUCUUUCGUUGGAUGUUAUCUUAGGUUAUCAAAUUUAUCCGAACAUUACAAUAAAUCAACAACCAAUGGUGAUUAGAGUGACGAUUGUAUUGAGUAGCGUCAUGUUUAGUUUUGGUUUUAUUGGAAAUAUUCUUUCACUGAUCACUUUUCAAAGAGAAACAACACGAAAUGUUGGUUGUGGUUUAUAUUUAUUUGCAUCUUCUAUUGUAUCGAUGAUUAUUAUGAGUAUAUUUACAAUUAAAUUCUGGUUUCUUCUUACAUUUCAAAUGGAUUUGAUUAAUAAUCGAUUAUUGAUACUUAUCCAAUGUUCAUUACUUGACUUUCUCCUUCGAUUUCUUGUGAGUUUCAACGAUUGGCUCAGUGCAUGUGUAGCGAUUGAACGAGCAGUGAAUAUUUCGAAAGGAAUCAAAUUUAAUAAACUGAAAAGUAAACAAAUUGCUAAAUGGAUGAUUCUAUUUGUUUUCUUUUUUACGAUUUGUUCGUAUAUUCACGAUCCAGUCCAUCGACAUUUAAUUGAUGAUGAAGAAGAACAACGUACAUGGUGUAUUACAAAAUAUUCAUCAAUUUUGAAAAUAUUCGAUCGGAGUGUCAAUAUUGUACAUUUCUUCAUUCCAUUUUUCAUUAAUUUUGUAUCAGCAUUGAUUAUUAUUCUUUAUGCAACUCGAACACGUUCGAAAAUUCAAAAGAAACACUCUCGUAAGACAAUUUUCUAUGAACAAUUUCAUCAUCAUAAGCAUCUUUUAAUCGCACCGAUUGUUCUCGCACUAUUGGCUUUUCCAAGAUUGAUCAUUUCGUUUCUGUUUGGAUGUAUGAAAUCAGCUCGAAAUCCUUGGUUAUAUCUAACAGGUUAUUUCAUUUCAUUUAUUCCACCGAUGAUGAUCUUUACCGUAUUUGUUCUACCGUCACAAGUUUAUCGAGAAGAAUUUAUUCAAUCGAUCAAACAAAUUCGGUCAAAAUGA